UCUUUGUUAGUUUCUUUGUAAGAGGAGAGAGAGAGAGAGAGAGAGAGAGAGAGGGACGGAGAGAGUGCGAAUUCCCACGAACCAAACUCGCGCUUCCCACUAUAGCUUUCCUCACUAUAUAUGUAUGUAUCCAUACAUACAGCAAAAAGAUACAUUCUCUCUCGUUCAACUCUCGUCCCCUGUUCCGUGUACAGCAAAAUAGAACACAGAGUUUUGAUCGCUAGACGAAUCAAGAAACAAAAGUGAAACGGAGCUGUAAAGAUCUAAGGAACUUGAAAUUCCUUAUUUGGCAAACCAUAGGUUAGUUUGUAGAUAUGACUGCUUUCGGCAAGAUACCCUGCAGUUGAGUCCAUUCAGCUCUUGGUUACAUUGUGUGGUCCUUGGCGAAAUAGCGAGUUACCAGCUCACUUUAUACAUGUCUACAUCUAAUACUUUUUACUAGGAAUGAUGAGUUUUGAAGGCCGAAGCUUGCUUACAAAGUGCUUAAAUCUUAAUGCUGUUUGGGUGAUUGAAAAUCUUAUCAUAUGUAUGAAAAGUUGAUAGUUGGAGAUCUCUUGUGAGUCAGUUGGAGAUCUCUUGUGAGUAAAGAUGGAUCAACAAGGCCACGGGCAGUCCCAAGUAACUGGGGUGCCAGGUAGCUCAGCUCAGAUGCCAUAUAACAUGGCCCCAUAUCAAGCUCACCAAAUGAUGAGGCCCUCUGCCUCUACAUCUGCCGGAUCAAUUCAAUCUCCUCAAUCCGCUGGUCUCCCUGCCUCUACUGCUCAGCUCGCGCAGCACCAACUCGCUUAUCAGCAAAUCCACCAGCAGCAGCAACAGCAACUGCAGCAACAACUCCAUGGUUUCUGGGCAAACCAGUUCCAAGACAUUGAGCAAACAACUGACUUCAAAAACCAUAGCCUGCCAUUGGCUAGGAUUAAAAAGAUAAUGAAAGCGGAUGAAGAUGUAAGGAUGAUAUCCGCUGAGGCUCCAGUCGUGUUUGCUAGGGCAUGUGAGAUGUUCAUUCUGGAGUUGACUUUAAGGUCUUGGAAUCACACAGAGGAGAACAAAAGGAGGACACUUCAGAAGAACGAUAUCGCGGCGGCUAUCACAAAAACUGAGAUAUUUGAUUUCUUGGUGGAUAUCGUGCCUAGGGAGGAUUUGAAGGACGAGGUGCUUGCUUCGAUCCCAAGAGGGUCCCUUCCUGUUGGGGGCCCCACUGAGGGACUUCCUUACUAUUAUAUGCCACCUCAGCAUGCUCCACAGGUUGGAGCUCCCGGGAUGUUCAUGGGUCAGCCUGUUGAUCAAGCCCGGUAUCAGCAGAUGUGGCCACACCAGCAGCAACCACCAGACUCUUGAGGGACUAGUGGGUUUGGCAGAAAUGUGAGCGACAGUAAGUUCUGGUGGGGAAGUUACCUUAGCGACAAACAACAAAAAGAAGAGACAGUACCAAACUGAUAGAGAAGACCCAAAGACUACACGUCUUAGAAAGAAACUAGUAUGGCCUUGAUAGAUGUAGUAUAUAGCUGCUUGUUCCCCAUAGAAUGAGUCUUGUAUGUGUUUAAUGUUUUACUUCAUGCCAUUAGGAUUUGGUAAAACUCUUGACCUCUUGUAAGUUACAAAAUGUAGUGGCGAUACGAUGCUUGUGUAAUAACUUUUCGUUCUUUUUCA